AGGUGGCGCACAGUCCUCCACGAGCUUGCAGGUCGGACUGUGCCGGGUUGUGUUUUGGAGUUUAUUCGUGAUUUGAAAAGCAUCAGUGAAAAUGUUCAUGACACGUUCGGAAUACGACCGAGGGGUCAACACGUUCUCCCCAGAGGGAAGGUUAUUUCAAGUCGAAUACGCCAUUGAAGCAAUCAAGCUUGGCUCUACUGCCAUUGGCAUACAAACUUCGGAAGGCGUGGUUUUGGCCGUCGAGAAGCGAGUGACAUCGCCGCUCAUGGAGCCGACUACAAUUGAGAAGAUCGUCGAAAUCGACAACCACAUUGGGUGUGCUGUCAGUGGUUUGAUGGCCGAUUCAAGAACCAUGGUUGACCGAGCACGAGUGGAAGCCCAGAACCACUGGUUUCUCUACAAUGAAAAGAUGCAAGUGGAAAGUGUGGCCCUGGCCGUUUCAAACUUGGCCAUCCAGUUUGGUGACAGUGAUGAUGAUGGGAAUGCCAUGAGCCGGCCAUUCGGUGUAGCCAUUCUUUUCGCUGGCAUUGAUGCCAAGGGCCCACAACUGUAUCACAUGGAUCCCUCUGGUACAUAUGUUCAGUACAAUGCCAAGGCAAUUGGUUCGGGUUCUGAAGGUGCCCAGCAGGCACUGCAGGAGAAAUACCAUAAGACGAUGACAUUGGCUGAAGCGACCACGAAUGCCCUUACCAUACUCAAGCAAGUCAUGGAAGAAAAACUCAACUCUACGAACGUAGAGGUUGCUAAUGUUACAAAGGAGAAGGGCUACCACAUGUUCAGUAAGGAGGAGGUUGAAGCGGUCAUCAACACAAUAUAAGAUUUCUUGGUGCAGCUUUCUGUUUUUCUUGAAGGAUUCAAUCCAUCACUUGAAAUAAACUUUUUUUUU